GGCUGCGGCGGCGUUGAGGCGGACGCGUCAGGAAGGCCGUGGGGCCGCGGAGUCGGGGCCUGCCGUGGGGCAUGAGCCGAGGGGACGACGCCGGAGUCACGAGCAUUUCAUAGAGAUUGAUGGAAGCAGAAACCAAAACUCUUCCCCUGGAGAACGCAUCCAUCCUUUCAGAGGGUUCCCUACAGGAAGGGCACCGGUUAUGGAUUGGCAAUUUGGACCCCAAAAUCACCGAAUACCACCUCCUCAAGCUCCUCCAGAAGUUCGGCACAGUAAAGCAGUUUGACUUCCUCUUUCACAAGUCAGGUGCUUUGGAGGGACAGCCUCGAGGGUACUGUUUCGUUAACUUUGAAACUAAGCAGGAAGCUGAACAAGCUAUCCAGUGUCUCAAUGGCAAACUGGCUCUGUCGAAGAAGCUGGUGGUGCGGUGGGCACAUGCUCAAGUCAAGAGAUAUGAUCAUAACAAGAAUGAUAAGAUCCUUCCAAUCAGUCUCGAGCCAUCCUCAAGCACUGAGCCUGCUCAGUCCAAUCUAAGCGUCACUGCAAAAAUAAAAGCCAUUGAAGCAAAACUGAAGAUGAUGGCAGAAAAUCCUGAUGCAGAGUAUCCAGCAGCUCCUGUUUAUUCCUACUUUAAGCCACCGGAUAAAAAGAGGACUACUCCUUAUUCUAGAACCGCUUGGAAAUCUCGAAGAUGAUGGUUUACUGUUGCAGCAACAGCAAAUUGAUCUUCACACCUAAAACCCUCUGCCUUGUACUUUGUAGAUGUGAGCGGUACUAUCCACAGCACAAUCACAUGGUAGAGUUUGGCGACAUAACCUUUUUGGAUGUUCUUAUGGAUGUUUCUUCCCUGAAGUAUGUGUGGAAUUGAGCAUCUUCCAGAAUAAAUAGGAUUGUAUCCAAAAUUGUGAUUUGAACACUGGGAUGCUCUAGCUGGCUGAUUUGUUUGGAUUCGUAACUCCAGAAACAUUGUAUAAUGUGCCAGAGAGAAAGGCAAACAUAAAACACGUUAUUUAAAUCAGGAAACUAAAAAAAACUGAGCAUUUUUCUGUGCUCAAGUGUCUUUACAACAUAGGAAAAAAGUGUGAGAUGGAGGGAAGUGAAAGACGAAUCGUGUUUGGAGUUGUUGUUCCAGAAUUUACCAUAGAAAUCCCUCCAAUUGGACUAAAAAGGGAAAGUUCUUGGCAAAACCGAGCUGGUUCUUUGAGCAAAUGUUGUGGUAAUCUGUUUAAGAAUCAUGCUUAUUGAUUCAGAAUUCCAAUUAGGAAAACGUGGUGUAUAUCUUUAAAUUGUUUGUGUCGACAAAACUGUAGAAUCAAAUUUAGCAUUUUAUACCACAACAGAAGAUCUAUUUGGAAACCCAGCUUUCAUUUUAUAGUGAUCAUUUUUUUUUUAAAUCUAAAUAAUCCUGCCUUCUAUAAUACCAAAUGUUAUUAACGUGGGACUUUUAAAAUUGCUCUUAUUGCAUGAGGUUGUUUUAUAGCAUGAGAGUGUUCUAUUUGGAAUUGUAUCAUGGCCAAUCUAAAUAGAAAAGCAAAUUUUCUUUAACAGCCUAGAUGUUGCUACAUCGAUCGCUGUCACACAUACUAUUUUCUGACCAUUGUGUAGGGGUCUGAGUAGAAGCUGAACUCUCUUGGGCAGGGUGAGGAGGGGGCACACGAGAGACGCGGAAGCCAGUGGGACAGGCACUGCUCUGGGACGAAGAAUAUGAUGACCUCGUGGCUGGUGUAGUUUUACAAGGAUUGAAAGACAGCAUGAGUUUAAAUGAUUCUUCAUUCCUGGAACGUACUUCUCCCCCAUUUUUGCUAUUUGGGACUUUCCAAAUGUAACACUAGAGAGGAAAAAAAAAAAAUGAGUCCGCAGGUUCGGGAAUGUUUCUGUGUCAGCAGUGUUGGUCACGGUGGUGCCAUGUCCAGGCGCUGUUGCGUGGGUAGCACCAUUGCUGCGGCACCUGGCCCGCCUCACCCUUGCCCCAGCGGCCAUUCUUAGUGAUCGCACCCUGUCCGCCACUACCUUUCCUAGCAAGAGGAACAUUUCAGUAAAGUCACUUAAGUCUUCCUAUGAGCAUCAGUUUGAAGCGCUUGAACAAAAACCAUCGCCUAGUAAGGCUUCAGAAUAUACACAGCUGGUUCAAAGAAAUUCUUACAGCUUUCCCAAGGUAAAUCUUUUUAGAUAUCUUUAGAUAUUAAAUACGUUCUGCGUUUAUUAGUGAUGAUGUCUAUAAUAAAAGUAACUCUUCUUCCAUGUGGGGGAUAGUUCAGGGAAGGUGGGAGCAUUAUCUCCCAUUUUUCUGGUGACUUCUUAGAGUAUAGAAUUCACCCUUUUAUCCUUAAGUCCUCAAAGGGUUAUGGUGAAGUAGGACUUCCUUAAUGCAAAAUAGUCUUCUAUUUUUAAUAGGAAUUUAGAAAAUACUUAACUUUGAAUUACAUAGAGUUGUUUCCUUUAGAAACCAGAGCUAUUUAUUUGUAUUUAAAGCAAUGUUUAUUAUUUGUACCAAUUCUUACUCCUCUGUGUGAAUAAAUGCAAGACAGUGUCCGUGUGAUCGUGUCCUCUCAUCCGUUUCCUGGA